AUGUCCAGUGAUAUACCGAAUGUGGUUGCCUUACUGUUAAAGUUACUACAAUUGGAUGUACUAGAUCAGGGACUCGAUUCUAAUCCUGAAGCCCAUCUAACGGAAAUAUUAAGUGACUUUGGCAAAACGUUUGAAAACCUGCAUGCGUAUAUCAGAGAUUUAACACUACAUGUGGAAAUACAACUAUUUCGUAGAUUCAAGCUGAACAACACUGCUGAUAACUUCAAUAUCACUGAUUCUUCUCUCUGGUGCAAGCUUUUAAACUGCACUAAAGAACAAACUGUAUUAGCAUUAGCAUUACAGAUCAUACUAUCAUUAGCAUCCUUUUCUAUUAUUAAUAAGCAACGAUUAGGUCAAUUGUUUAGUUUAAAGGAUGAACUUUAUAAAUCACUCUCUUCUGCCCACCAGGAAGAUUCAUUAGUUCAAUCACGUAUAACUGAACUCUACACAACUAUAUUAGGCGUCAACUGUGAACCUCAGGAUCUGAUAAAUUUAUACACACGCAUUCCUGAGCCCCAUAGUAUCAAAAUUUUAAACUGCCUAAUAACUUCUGCAUGCGACAUACUUUCCCACACACAUCUUCAAUUUGAAAACAUAUACAAAACCGUAAAAUUCAACUAUUCUAAACACUUUUAUUCAUCAAUCUCUUUACAUCUAAUCGUUGAGUUCAAUAAUGUGUCAUCCAAUCGUUUCCUAACGCUUGGUCAAAAUUUAUACUUGGAAAUCAAAGACGGCAAAUUAUGUGUGACUAAUGAUGAAUUUACUGAAGCUCUCUUUGACGAAGUUGAAUUUGAUUCUGGUACAUCAUAUUCUUUAACGGCGACCCUGCAAAAUGGAGAAUUUUCCUUAUUUGUUAAUGGCACUAUCGCCAACAGCAUAGCCUUACUCUCUAAUAUAGUCUUACCAUUGGAACGUAUAGAAAUUGGUUCUAUGCUAUGUUCAUUUAAACUUUACAGGCUUUACGUCUGGUCCGACACAUUGCCUCAUGAGGCUAUCAAAAUUAUUCAUGAACUGAAAAGUAUACAUAUAGACUGUUUUGAAACUCCAUGCAAUCUAGAGGGCGUCCGUAGAUCGUUUGGUGAUGCCUUACUGCGAAAAACACAUGCCUACCCAGAAUUCUUACACGACCCUUACGAAUGUUUCCUCAGUAAUAUUAAAAAGUGGGAUACAUGCAAAGUCCUUUUGGACUUUAGCCCUGUCGAAGAAAUCUCUCUUUCAUCCAAUAAUGAUUUUUGUAUCAGCUUCGAAAAUUGGCAACGCAGCGACACAGGUAAUUCUAAAUGUUACUACUUCAAAGCUUCUCAACUGGUACCAAUGUUUCGCACCGUAGACUGUAUAAAGCUUAUUCUUUUUGAACUCGAGACAAUUGACUCAAUUGACACAUCUUUCGAGUAUGUAGUACACUUACUCAAAUUAUUGCAAGUUUCUGUAAUACGAAAAUGGUUUGAGGAGGAUUAUAACUACACAUUUUUAGGUUAUUUGAUGAGAAGAAUUGUUACUAGGUUUAAACAGGGUUUGCCAAUCCAGUUUUUGAAUAUAUUCCUAGAAGCGUUUGGAUGGGAUUUCAAUAACAUUGACAAGUCAAUCAUUGAGAACACAACAGCGUACAAUGAGUUAAUUUUAAACCAGGAUUUAUGGUAUUAUCCUGGAGUGGAUAAUUCUAUCGGUGCAGAAAGCACUGAAGUAAUUAGAUACAUAUACUUCCACCUGAAUUGCCUAUUGAACGACUCAUAUUUUUCCACUUACAAUCUGGGGAAGCUGCAAGAUUUAGAUCUACUCCGUCAUCUAAAUUUCUAUCACUUAAUGAACUGCUACAUUGAUUUCAACGUAAUGGCGGAGGAUUCAUCAAAUAUAUGCAUUACCCUCUUAAAAGCCGAAUCCAAUAUGGCUUCUAUUCAUUGGCUACUUUGCUUCAUUUAUUUUCAAGUACAGAAGAGCGAUCUAAAAGGAGCUCAGAGAAACCUUAAGAUCAUAGAUAGACUACUUUCUUCCGAAAUAAAGAGUGAAAAAAGCCCGUUAAUCAAAGGUUUAUCCUUAAAACACAACUUAAUGAUCCUAGAUGAAAUAGUUAAAAGAAAUGGUGAUCCAGUACCAAUGAUCAAUAUCAUUUUAAAACUGCUUUUGAUAAAUGAAGAUCUGUUAUCUAAAUUUUUACAAAAUGGGGGAAGCUCUAUUUUUUUAGGUAUCCUUCGUGUGGUUGGAGAAAAGUAUCAUGUUCCUGUAACUGACAUUUUAUUUUUCUACUCUUUAGGUAAAUCCUACAUUUCUACGUCCACAACUUUUACCAUAGAAAGUUACAUAGCCAACAAUCCUAAUGUUAUUAUACUAGUACCGGAGUUUAUUUGCAUUGCACUUCGCUUAGUAGAGUUGUGGACCCCUAAUAGUCCCAACGAAUUUGAGUUAGAUACCGUAAACGAUAAUGUUACUACCAUAUGGAAGAAUCUCAGACUAAUAAUCUCAAGUGCUGACAAGAAAACCACCUCUGGUACUUGGCAAACUUUGAUUGUGGUGUCACUCCUCGAUGUACUGCCUACUUUAAGAAAGUAUCAGAAUCACACAAUAUACAAGAGUGUUUCAGAAUUGACAUCUAUAAUUAUAGUUGAAGUGACUAUUAAUAGUAUUCUACGCUCAAAAAAUCACGUCUUUCAUGAUUAUUUGAUUAAUUCCUUGGCUUUACGCAUUCCUCAUAGGGAUCACAUUCAUCAUCACUUAGAGCCGGCUGAAGCGAAAUAUAUCGAGCUUGGUUUCUCUUCUACAAUUUUGCCUGCCCUUUUGAAAUCUUUAAUAAGGAAUGAAAGGCAGCUAGUAAAAAAGAUUAUUUCUCAGCCAUAUUUUUUGCCCAAUAUUAUGUGCCUUCUCAAACAAAUCGAACCCUAUAUGAAAGUGAUAGAGUUUGAGAUCGAUUUUUAUCUGCACAUAUAUAAGUUACUUCUCAUAUGUGUCGAUACAUACUAUACUGAACAUGAAACUUUACACAGCCAUGUAUCAGAGUCUGUUCUGUCCUCUGUUUUCUCCUUCAAUAUCACUGUAAUUUUUUAUUCACUCUUAAUGCAAAGACAGAAUUGGAAAAAUGAGGAACUAUCGGAUUUUUAUAGGAACACAUUGUUGUACCAAAGGGCCCUAUUACAGCGUAAGAAGGGCGCCAUGAAUAACCAGCUAGUUUGCUUUUUAUUGCUGAUAUCUUCUUCUGAAUUAAUCUGUAAUGGCUAUAACAAGCUGAUCAUGCAUGCCGUCAGAGCUUUACUCUUAUUUCAUGACAAGGAUUUGCAAAAUAUAGCUUCAUUUUUCGAUCAUUCUAACAAAGGCCUGCUUGUAUCGAAAUUCUUGGAAAUCCUUUCAUCAAGUGACGAUAGUGCAAUGUCAUGUUUGUUAUCAAUUCAAGUCAAUAUUUGUGGUGAAACUCAGAGAGAGAAGAUGAAAAUGCUUGUGAUCGAAAGAAUGAAAUGUCAAAAUGAUCCUAUUAGUCUAAAGGCUGAGCAUUUGUUUAAUGAGAUACUUAGAAGGAAGCAAAUAUCUCAUAACAAGAUAAACAAGAGUUAUAGAUCAAUUUAUGAAUUAUUUGAAAAGGAUAACCAAUAUGCUCACAACUACACAAUGACCCUUAUGGACAAAGAGUAUACGUACUAUAUGAAUGACAGGGAGGAAGAUCUGAUGAUGCAGAAAAAUAAAUUGCAUGAAUCCGUAUCACAACUAAAGCACUCGAAUAAUUUGCAGCAGUUAAAUCAAAAUAUUACUACUUGGAUGGUGGAUACUACCGUCAACAUGGAUUAUAUGAGAAGGAGGCUAACACCGUUUUAUGGACUGGAGGCUGGCAAUAUAAACGUGUCAGAAAGGGAAACAUCCGAUGUUAUAUUUGAUACUUCUGUUAGGAGAAAUAGCAAUACAAGCUUUAUAUCUUACGAUAUGGUUUUGGACGUAGAUUUUGCAGACACUUCUGAUGUCGAAAAAAAUGAAAAUAGAAAGGUCUUGAAGCUAUUAAAGGGUGAUGACGUGAUAAGAGGAAUAUGGAAUUGCAGCCUCAUUUUUGGAAUUGAAAUAAAGGAAGGAGUUUUAAUACUUGGCGAUCUUUACUUAUACUUUGUCUCCGGCUAUUUCUAUUCAAAAGACCAAAACAAAGUUCUUAAUGUACAUGAUGUAGCUCCCACGGCAAGAGAUAUUAAUGUAACACUAAUAACUGGAGAGGACAACAAAAUUGCGUCAGCUAAAACUAUGAAAGAGCACUACUAUUGGGAUAUACAAAAUUUAGCAUUUGUGACCAAGAGACCUUUUCUAUUACGAGAUGUCGCCAUGGAGAUUCUCUUCAAUGAUGAGAGCAGUCGAUUUUUGUCCUUCAAGGAUAAAACUACGAGAAAUAAGGUUUUUCAGAGCUUGGAUCCUCUUUCUUCCCCAGAGGGAAUAGAAGCGGUACUUUCGGGAGCCAUAAAGGAGCUUAAUAUCCAAGCUACCAGUAUUGGACUGAAAAAUGGAAUUGCCCAAAAUACAUUGUUUUCGAGAUUUUCAAACGUUUUUACACCUCGUAGUAUUGGGAGCAAUGGCUUUGAAGUUACAGAACUUUGGCAGAAGGGGAAAAUCUCCAAUUUCUUUUAUUUAAUGAUGAUAAACAUACUUGCUGGACGAUCUUUUAACGAUCUGACCCAGUAUCCAGUAUUUCCGUGGGUUAUAGCUGAUUAUACAAGUGAUGAAUUGGAUUUAGGAGAUCCAAAGACAUAUAGAGAUCUAUCCAAACCAAUGGGUGCUCAAUCAGAGGAAAGAAAGAACCAGUUCAUAGAUAGAUUUCAUUCUUUGAGAGGAAUUGACGAUGCACAUACUCCUCCAUUCCAUUACGGAACACAUUACUCUUCUGCCAUGAUAGUAUUGGGCUACUUAAUAAGAUUAAAACCUUUUACAGAUUCAUUUCUUAUUUUACAAGGAGGUUCAUUUGGACAUCCAGAUCGUCUUUUCAGUUCUAUUGAGCGUUCAUGGUCUUCAGCCGCAAUUGAAAGCACAACAGAUGUAAGGGAAUUGACACCAGAAUUCUUUUAUCUUCCAGAAUUUUUGGUUAAUAUCAAUAAGGUCGACUUUGGCCAAGAUCAAAAUGGAAACACUGUUAAUGAUGUUCAACUCCCACCGUGGGCCAAGAAUGAUCCGAAGAUUUUCAUUGCAAAGAACAGAGAAGCACUAGAAAGCCCUUAUGUGAGUGAACAUUUGAAUGAGUGGAUUGAUUUGAUUUUUGGGUAUAAACAAAGGGGAGAAAUGGCGAUAAAUGAAGUGAACGUUUUCAACAGAUUAAGCUAUCCAGGUGCCGUGAAUUUGGAAAAGAUUGCAAAUGAAAACGAACGGAGAGCUAUAACAGGAAUUAUACAUAAUUUCGGUCAGACACCAUUGCAGCUAUUCGAGAAACCUCACCCUAAAAGGCUUUUUCUUAAGAAUGAAGCUCUUUUUAAGUUCCAACAGUUAUUUGAUAGGAUGCGCAAAAAAGUUCAACUUUUACAACCAAAUGCAGCCAUCUCCAAUGGCACUGUCGAAUAUCUUGAAUUAAACGAAGAUACCUCGGGAAAUGAAUUCUGGAGGGGUUAUAAAUUUUUAGAUGUUCAGAUUGAAAAACGCCACUCCAAAUUUCAAAUUAAGCUAGUCUCAAGUUCGUCAAUCCUUCUUAACUCUUGUUUUUUCAAAAACGUUCAUUUGGCUCGAAUAACUUCUUUUGCAAUUAGUAAAUUGCCCAUAUUUAUCACUGGCGAUGAAAAUGGUUUACUAAGCAUUUGGAAAUUUACAGAUAAAGAAGGUUCGCUCCAACUUUCAAAAGUUGCAAACCUGUGCUGUCAUUUGCACGAAAUCAAGAAAAUCAAAGCGUGCAACAAUUACAACACUUUACUUACUCUAGAUGUGGCCGGACAGGUUUAUUCUUGGGAUAUGAAUACCUAUCAACCUUUAAGAAAAAUGUGCUCCAAUGCUUCUGACAUUGCACUUUCACAAAUCAAUGGCACAAUAGCGAUCUUGACAACCACUUGUGAGGUACAAGUUUACAAUUUGAAUGCCAUGCAUUAUGGAUCAUUCAAGAUUGAGCCACGAAAAAUGCCAACAGCUCUGGAAUUUUUAGAGUGUAUACCCUCUAAGACGCUACCAAACCAUACAUAUCUCGAGAAUUAUGAACCUCUAUGUCUCGGAUAUUCUGAUGGUUCUGUUGAAAUAUGCCAAUUGAAACAGCUCGAUAGAGCAUGGACUUUGAUUAAGAUGACAUCCUUUUUUACAGGUAAAACAGUUGGAAUCUCGUCGUUGAAAUGUGUAUAUCGGGCACGUGAUGCGCAAAGCCAGAAUGAACAAGAACCGUUGAUUGAGCUCUUGGUUUCCGAUCAUGAAGGUAAUAUAUACAUUUGGAACUAG